AUGGCCGACACCGACCCCAACGCACCCUCUGGCCAGGGCAUUAGCGAUGACGAGUACACCAGCCGCACUGGCCAGAAGCAGGCCGAAAUUCCUGUGCAGAAGGACAGCGAUGCGAUUGAGACCGGGGUUGACGGCGCUAAAGAGGAUUCGGACGAGCAGCUCGAGAGAGAUGAGAAAGACGCGAUUGAUAAGUCCAACAUUGUCAAUGGUCGGACACGAGGCGCUGCGAAGUCCAGUGGGACGUACCAGGAGCCUGGGGAUGAGGAGAACAUGCCGAAGGAGUAG